CCAUUAUCGCGCCUUGUCGAGUCAUUUUUAGUGGCACUCACUCGGCCAACCGCAUCAACGCAACACAGCAGCAAACCAGAAGGGAAAGGGAUGGAGGAGUGAGAGUCUUUUGAAUUUCUUUCCUUUCCUUUCCUUUCGGUUUGGUUAGUUCUGUUGCUCUUCUUCUUCCUUCCGACUCCACGCAGUACUACUAAUCGCACGAUAAACAACUACAAAACGCCAAAAACCACAACCACCAACGAACAGUAUAACCCUUUCUGAAGACGAGCUCUUAGUUACGUGACAAAUCUGCCGCUCUUAGCAUCUUCUUCAUCCAAAGAUACCAUCUUCGGUCUUUCCCCUCAUUGGGUAUCUCCCAUUCCCCAUCAGUUAUUUAACUAUAUUUAGUCCCUUCUUCGUCUUGAAUUCCAUUCCCUUCAAUUUCUCCGCCUUUCUCUAGGCCGGCACACAGAAGCUGAAGAAGUAGAAUUAGCAGCAGAAGAAGAAAUCAGAGGGGAAUUUUCCUGUUUGAGCUUCUUCAGAGCUAUGGCCGCUUCUUCGAUUCUGUUUCCCGCGAAUUCCGUGACUGGAACCAGAAGUUGGGGGAAAUCUGGGUUCCUGUUUUCCGGGCGGCGACGUUCCGUGGCUCAGGCUGUGAGGAAGGCUCCUGGGUCGGUUUCUGUUCGCUCUGCUUUGGACUCCUUGGAGGCAAACGUCUCCGAUAUGAGUGUUAAUGCUCCAAAAGGGUUGUUCCCACCUGAACCUGAACAUUACAGGGGGCCUAAGCUGAAGGUAGCUAUAAUAGGGGCCGGGCUAGCUGGGAUGUCAACUGCUGUGGAGCUGUUGGAUCAAGGGCAUGAGGUGGACAUAUACGAUUCGAGGUCCUUCAUAGGUGGUAAAGUCGGCUCAUUCGUUGAUAGGAAAGGAAACCAUAUCGAAAUGGGACUCCAUGUCUUCUUUGGCUGCUACAACAAUCUCUUCCGCCUGAUGAAGAAGGUGGGAGCUGAUAAAAAUUUACUGGUGAAGGAUCACACUCACACGUUUGUGAACAAAGGGGGCGAACUUGGAGAGCUCGAUUUUCGAUUCCCUGUUGGAGCUCCAUUGCACGGGAUCAAUGCAUUCCUGACCACAAAUCAACUCAAGACCUAUGAUAAAGCAAGAAAUGCCGUGGCUCUAGCCCUAAGCCCGGUCGUACGAGCCCUAGUAGACCCGGAUGGAGCAAUGAGGGAUAUAAGGAACUUGGACAGCCAUUCUGAUCUCCCUUCUCUCCAGAUAAGCUUCUCCGACUGGUUUAUAUCGAAAGGAGGCACACGAACGAGCAUCCAACGAAUGUGGGACCCUGUGGCUUACGCCCUUGGGUUCAUCGACUGUGACAACAUGAGCGCUCGUUGCAUGCUCACCAUAUUCUCUUUGUUCGCCACAAAAACCGAAGCUUCCUUGCUCAGGAUGCUAAAGGGGUCGCCUGACAUUUUCUUGAGUGGCCCCAUAAGAAAGUACAUAGAAGACAGAGGCGGGAGGUUUCAUCUGAGGUGGGGAUGCAGGCAAGUGCUCUACGAGACUUCUCCAGAUGGCGAAACAUACGUGACUGGUCUUGCUGUUUCGAGAGCUACUAACAAGGAAACUAUCAAAGCUGAUGCUUAUGUUGCAGCAUGCGAUGUCCCUGGGAUAAAGAAACUGCUCCCCAAGGAAUGGAGGGAAUCAAAAUUCUUUGACAACAUCUAUGAGUUAGUGGGGGUGCCUGUUGUCACAGUUCAACUUAGAUACAAUGGCUGGGUUACUGAGUUGCAGGAUCUCGAACGAUCAAGGCAAUUGAGGCGAGCUGCAGGGUUGGAUAACCUUCUGUAUACACCGGAUGCAGACUUCUCGUGUUUCGCUGACCUAGCUCUCACUUCUCCUGAAGACUACUACAUCGAAGGGCAAGGUUCACUGCUCCAGUGCGUUCUAACCCCAGGUGAUCCAUACAUGCCUCUAACGAACGACAAGAUCAUAGAGAGAGUCAAGAAGCAGGUUCUGAGUUUGUUCCCAUCGUCCCAAGGCCUGGAAGUCACCUGGUCAUCUGUAGUGAAAAUUGGGCAAUCGUUGUACCGAGAAGGACCGGGCAAAGAUCCAUUCCGGCCCGAUCAGAAGACUCCCGUGAAGAACUUCUUCCUUGCUGGCUCAUACACAAAACAGGAUUACAUAGACAGCAUGGAAGGAGCAACAUUGUCAGGCAGGCAAGCUUCAGCCUUCAUUUGUCAAGCAGGGGAAGAGUUGGUCGCACUAAAGAAGAAGAUAGCAGCCAUUGAUGAAUCUCAAGGAAGCUCAAACUCUGCCUCGGUCCCCGACGAACUCAGCCUUGUAUGACACAAAAGUUGGUUUCUUGGUUCAUCUAGUAUAAUCAUGCCCCAUCAUCCAUACAACAGAAACGUCAUGUAGCCUGUAAUUCGCCCACCAUUAUCAAGAAAAAGGAAACUCGUUUCCAUUAUUGGAAUAGUACAAGCAUUUUUCAUACAAACUAAAAGAUUCCCUCUACUUGAUCAACUGAUAGCCAUCCUCAGCUUCUUUGUCAAUGGCGACCUUGGCAGCUUCCAUUUCCUCAUCGAAGAAAAUGUCCCACUUCCCUUCCCACUUGAUGAAGAACUCCGUGUCUUCAAAAUACUUCACCCUGUGAACAUCUCCCGCCGGAGUAAACAGAUAAUCGCCGGCAACGAGAUCGUACUUGGCUUCCUUGGUCAAGUUCCAGACCCUCUUGCUACCUUUCAUCACCAGCAGGUCGUGGCCGAAAGUGUGGUGGUGCGCCGGCUCCACGCUGCCGGCUUUGAAGCUGACGAUCGCCGAGGUCGGGCUCUCUCGCACGAUCUUCAUCGCUCCUCCGGGGAUUAUCUCGAUCGGGUCCAGUUUCCGGCUCUUCGCCAAGCAGCAGAGCGCGCACGGCGCCAAUUUCUCCUCCGCCGCCGCGGAGGCGGAGGCGGCGCCGAUUUUGGGCAUUUCGAUCAAGGAAUUGUCAAGGAAGGAUUCAAUUUCGUCGCUCCAGGGCUUGAGAUUGCUCGCCGGGCAAGGGGCCUUGAAGGGGGUUGUGAGCCACGUGUCGAGGAUCUCGAUGGCGGAUUCCGGCGGGGUCGAGAUCCCGGAGACGGCGAGGACGUUGGAGUUGUUGAUGGAUCGGGCGUUGACGGCGUCGGCGGGGGAGAGACACGUGGCGGCGAAGACGCCGGGGAACUUGUUGGCGAAGAUGGAGACGCCGGCGCCGGUUCCGCAGGCGACGAGGCCGCGUACUUCGGGGAAGCCGCUGGCUGCGGAGACGCGGCGGCCGACCUCGGCGGCGAUGGAGUAGUAGGAGGAAGUGCCGAGGUCUUCGACGUCGAUGUUGCCGAGGGACUUGAGAUGGGCGACUAGGGCGUCUUUGAGAGGGCGGCCGAAGCCGUCGGCCCCGGCUAUGAUUUUGAGCGGAAGGGGAGGCGGAGCGGCGGGGAAUUGAUCGGCCAUGAGUUGCGGUGCCGGGAAUUCAGCGGCGGCGAAGUAGUGAGUUGUGGCUUUCACUGGAUGAGUCGAGAAGGAGCGAAUAUAAAGUAGAUAUUUUAUUACAUCACCCCGUCCCCUCUUUUUUGUCGUCUAUGUCUUUUUUGUCGUCUAUGUUUUGAGCCCUUCUACUAUGCUAUAUAGUAUUGGUGCUUUAAUGUACAACUCAAAGUUAUGGUACAACUUUAACAUUAAAUGUAUAAGUUUAGGUUGUACCAUAAAGCAAUUUGUACCAUUAUGUUACGAUAAAACUUUACAAUUUGAAGUUGUACCAUCACAUAAAGGUACAAGUUCAAGUUGUACCAUAAAAG